UGACACUUUCGAGGAGCGGUGUGGGCCGGCUGGCCGGAGGAGGGUCAUGUGGGUGCAGCGGGUCAGUCGUUUGACCCGCGUGGCUUUUUGUUGUCAGAGCGCCAGCCCUGCAGGGCUGUCUUCUGCUCCAUCACCUCCAGAGGAUGGCUGUGGCAAGAAAAAAGUAACUUUGGAGUUGCUGGAUCAUCUGGAGCGUCUGGCACUUGUUGAUUUUCGCAAUCAGGAGGGUGUGGAGCGUUUGGAAAAAGCAAUUGAAUUUGCUGAUCAACUUCAUUCUGUUAAUACAGAUGGCGUAGAGCCAAUGGAUUCAGUACUGGAGGAUAGGUGUUUGUAUCUCAGGGAAGAUAAUGUCACAGAAGGCAACUUUGCAGAGGAGCUACUGAAGAACGCUAAGCAGACAGUUGAAGAGUAUUUCAUAGCUCCACCAGGUAACAUCCCAUUACCAGAGCUAGAAGACAGAGACACUUUCCUGCAGAAGAAAAAGCCCUAGGCAGGAGAUCUCACUCAACAUGCUGCGACUGACUUUUUGGACUGUGGAAUGCAUGCAGCUGUAUCAAGGAUUAAAUCCUUCCCAUCUCCUUCCUAACUUUCUGCCUUGUCUGAGGACUAUCAAAUCUUGCAAGCCAUUUCUGAAUAGCCCAUGAAUACUUACAGCUACCAACGAAGGCAGUAAUUCAGCAUCAACUUAAGCAAGCUUGUCAAUUUCCAUUAGGGUUAGUGUGUACCUAUGUCAGGAUGUGCUUUGAGUCCUUUGUUGACAUCAGUUAACAAAGGACUCAGUUGAUUAGAGUCCUUUGUUUUACUUCAGUCACAGAACCUGACAACCUUAACAGUGUUGGAUUGUGGUCAAAUAACAUUUAAAAACCUUCAACCAAAAGCUGGAAAAUGCUUGGCACUCCUAAUGCCUUCCCAGGUAUUGGUAAGCAACAGCUCCUCACCUGCUAUGACUUAACUCCUCUCAGUUCAUGAGAUAAAACUGGUCCAAGUCAGUCAAUAUCAUUUAGCAGGUGUCAAAAAGCAUCAAGAAGGGGAAAAGGAAGAAACCACAUUGAGGGGACUUGCAUGCAGAACUUUGAAAAACAACUAAGAAUACACUAGCUAAUAUUCACUAUUAUGUUCUAUGCCAAGUAGAUGGAAAGAAUGUGGGAAGCAACAGCCUUCAAUGCACAAAAGGGUGGAGUCAAGAGGAAGGAGUAAUUUGGAAUGAAAAGGUUUUCUCACUGAUACCCAGUACUGUCAGUUAACAUCAGAAAAAGGAGAAACACAGGUCCACAAUCCCCCCCCCCC